AUUUUUUUAUUAUUUUUUUGAGAAUAUUUGUAUUUUGUUAGUGCAAAAAUUAGUGUUUGGACUUCGUUAGUGUUGAAGAUGGGGUAAUAAUAAUAACCAGUGUCUAGUCUGUUCAAAGUUCAAACGGAGGAGGCCAUGGCCGAGAACCAAAUCUCACCACCGCACCCAAUUCACCGUCCCCCUCCUUCUUCGCAGCUCCCCCUAUCACCGACCUCCAUCUCAUCGUCGGUCAAGAUCAUCCUCGACAUCCUAUUCCGAACCACACCCCAGAAGAUCGAACCGGCUCUCGCCUCCACCGGAAUAAUCCCCACCACCGAAGUCGUCGUCGAAGUCCUGAAGCUCUCGUACGACUACCCAUUCUCCGCCAUAAAGUUCUUCCGAUGGGCCGGGUUGGCCCACAAGCACUCGGCCCACGCCUGGAACCUCAUGGUCGACCUCCUCGGCCGCAACCGCCUCUUCGAGUCCAUGUGGGACGCCAUCCGCUCAAUGCGGCAGGAAAAGACUCUCUCCUUGGCCGCCUUCGCCUCCGCCUUCGGAAAUUACUGCGCUUCUGGAAGCUUCGACGACGCCCUCAUGACUUUUCAGGUCAUGGACAAAUACGGCAUCCCAAACGACGUCGUUGCCGCCAAUUCUCUUCUCAGCGCAAUGUGCCGCGAAAACGGUGGCGUUUUGAGGGCUCUGGACUUCCUCGAGACCAUGAAAUCGAAGCCGGAAUUCGGCCCCGACUGCGACUCGUUUGCUAUUUUGCUCGAGGGGCUGGAGAAGGAAGGGGAUGCGGCGAAGGCAAAGACAACGUUUGGGGAAAUGGUGGUGAGAGUUGGGUGGAUGCCAGCGAACGUGGCGGCUUACGACGCUUUCUUGAUGACGCUGGUGAGAGGGGAACAAGCGGAGGAGGCUGUGAAAUUCUUGAUUGUGAUGAAGAAGAAUAGCUGCUUGCCAGGUUUGAGAUUCUUUUCCAGUGCUCUUGAUAUUCUUGUUAAGCGAAAGGAUUCGAAGAAUGCAAUUUUGAUUUGGGAUGUUGUGGUUGGCAAUGGUAAUGGGUUGGUUCCCAAUUUGUCAACGUACAAUGCCAUGAUUGGAUUAUUGUGUGAUUGCAAUGAGGUCGAUGAUGCAUUUAGGCUCCUUGAUGAUAUGGUAUUUCAUGGUGCUUUUCCUGAUUCUUUCACUUAUAAUGUGAUCUUUAAGUGUUUGAUUAAGAACAAGAAGGUUGGUGAUGCCGGUAAGUUUUUUGUGGAGAUGGUGAAGAAUGAGUGGCUUCCCACACAUGCUAAUUUUGCUGCGGCCAUCACCAUGUUUUUCGAAGGGGAUGACCCUGAAAUGGGGGUUCAGCUUUGGAACUUUAUGGUUGAAAACAAGGUCGAGCCUCUUGAUGCAGCAGCCAAUGCCUUGCUCUUGGGGCUUUGUAAGUUAGAUAGGUUGUCAGAGUUGAAGAGGAAUGCUGACGAUAUGCUUGAUAGAAGGAUCAGCAUAUACGAAUCGACAAUGGCGAGCUUGAAGAGUGCCUACUAUAAGGAUGGCAGAGGUGCAAGGGACAAAUAUGAUGGCUUGGCAAGGAGGUGGAAGACCUCACUGGGUCGCUAGACAUUUUGUGGCUUAGGUUCUUUUUUUGAUAUGUAUAGGAGUUAUGUUCUUUAGUUGCAUAGGCGUAAUCACUAGUGGAAAGUGCGUAUAUAUUCUUUUUCCAUACCAAGCAGGUUUUGUGGUUAACUUAACUGUUAUUAUACAAAUUGCCUCUUGUAGCUGUCUGACCUAUUCGUCUUCUCUUUCUUCCCGUUCCUCCUUUUUUUUCUUUGUUUUGGAUUU